AUGAACGCAGACGAUGCCAGCUCCAAAGCGACUAUCUUAUUGAUGGGUCUUAGAAGAGGCGGUAAGUCUUCCAUCUGUAAAGUGGUUUUCCACAACAUGCAGCCCUUGGACACUCUUUACCUAGAGUCUACGUCGAAUCCUACCAUGGAGCAUUUUUCAACGCUCAUCGAUUUGGCAGUUAUGGAGCUGCCAGGCCAAUUAAACUAUUUCGAGCCCAAUUACGACUCAGAACGGCUCUUUAAAAGUGUGGGAGCUCUGGUGUACGUUAUAGACUCACAAGACGAAUACAUGAACGCGCUUACGAAUUUUGCGAUAAUCGUGGAGUAUGCCUACAAGGUGAACCCGGAUAUCAACAUCGAAGUGCUCAUACACAAGGUGGACGGUCUGAGCGAAGAUUUCAAAGUGGAAACACAACGAGACAUCAUGCAGCGGACAGGCGAAGAACUGUUGGAGCUGGGCCUGGACGGUGUCCAGGUCAGUUUCUACCUCACAUCGAUUUUCGACCACUCUAUCUAUGAAGCCUUUUCACGCAUAGUGCAGAAGUUGAUCUCCGAAUUGCCCUUCUUAGAAAACAUGUUGGACAACCUGGUCCAGCACUCCAAGAUCGAAAAGUGUUUCCUCUUCGAUAUCAACUCGAAAAUAUACGUGUCGACGGAUUCCUCACCCGUUGAUAUCGUGAUGUAUGAAACGUGUGCUGAGUUUGUAGAUGUUACCAUUGAUCUGCACGAUUUGUACAAGAUCCAGAACGGACCCGACGCCAGGCCGAAUGAAGCUUCGGGUGCCAUUGCCCGGCCCCAAGGAGAGGUCAAGAGUGUGUCUGCCCUGAACAACGGCGUCGUGAUAUACCUGCGCCAGAUGAUCCGUGGUUUAGCGCUUGUGGCUUUAAUAAGACCUGAUGACACCGACGUUGAAAGCUGUCUUACCGUGGUUGACUACAACGUGGACAUUUUCAAAAAGGGCCUAGAGCAAGUCUGGGCCCACGCUCGAAUCGAGCCCAGUCCGAGCCAGGCUGGGAGAAAGUCCUAG